GGGUAGUAUAGGUAUAAAGUUUAUUCUAGUAAUUACUAACAAUUGUGUGUUACUUUUGUAAUAAGGAAGCUUUUAUGUAAUAUUCUAGUAACUCUUGAGAAAAAGAAGAAGAAGAAGAAGAAAAAGAAGACGUGGUUUGGUCAAAAGAUCCCGAAAAGAGAGCAAUAACACACAUUUCACACGCCGCUUCCCACGUACAAUCGCCACCUCCUGACGCUAUAACCACUAUUUCUGCAUGGCUAUAAAAAAGAAUAUCUAAUAACCCCAAAAAUCAUAAUUCAUCUUUUGGCUACAACAACAAAAAUAAACUCUCUUCGUCAACGAUCCAAACGCGUUCACUCUUCGUUCACGUCGGGGAAAUUUUUAAAAUAUCUCCUUCGUAACAAAAGAUCAAGAAGAUACUGUCGUGAUGGCUGCCGGAUCCAUGGACGGAAUAUUCCGCAACCUCUUCGAAGGUUGCAUCUCUAGCUGCGACUCUUCCAUCCAGCGACGUCCAUACCAUAAGAACUGCGGCUGCGCGCUUCACGGUGGUGGUUCAUCGACCCCUUGUCGUCACGGAAGGUCUGAGAUCGUUGUGUUCCCAAUCCAACGUUCUUGGAGUGAAGGAAACAGUUUGGCUCUGCAUCUCGCCCCAUCUUCUUCUUCCUCUAACCUCCAGUCGAUUUCGUCCUCUUCCUCUAUUUCUACCCUCGCAUCAUUCUCGUCGACCGUGUCUGAUAUUGAUUCUCCCAUUUAAGGGAAUAUAUAAACUAAUAGUUUCUUCCCAUUCAUUUGAUUGUGUCGUUUUUGUUUGAUUGUUUCGAAGAGAGUCACAAAUGAUGUUUGAUGUGUGAUUAGAGAGGUUUCAUGGAUUUCAUCGGAUAUCGAAGGAACCUAAUUCAAAUGUUGUAAUGGUCAAACAUAUGGUGGCUUUGCAAUAACAUUUGUACAUAAAUCACGUUUUCGGAUGUAAUUUUAGUUUAAUUUUUGUUGUAUAUAUAUUAUUCGAUAUUCAAGCUUUUUUCUUGUUCUAUUGGUUUCAUGUAUUAUCUUCAUGUUGUU